GAAGAGCGAAUGUAUGAGGCAGCAGCGAAGUUUGGUGAUGACAUGUUUCUGAUUAAAUUGGCCUACCUCAGUGACAUAUUUUCAAAGCUGAAUGAACUGAAUCUUCAACUUCAGGGCAAAGACAAACACCUACCUCACCUGGCAGACAAGAUUAACACAUUCACCCGCAAGCUCAAUGUGUGGGAGAAGCGCAUGAGUCAGGGGCGGACGGACGUCUUCGAGAACCUCACUGAACUCGCAGAAAGCAUCGAUUCUGGUGCCACCACAGUGCUCCCGUGUAUCCAACAGCAUAUCGAGGCAUUGGGAGGAUUCUUCGGGAAAUACUUUCCCAACAGUGCAACUCAAUAUGACUGGGUCGUGGACCCAUUUCAUGCAAGUGCGCCUGCUGAUUUCAGCUGUGCAGAAGAGGAGCAGCUGAUUGAAAUGACAUCAGACUCGGCGCUCAGGUUGAGGUUUCCAACUAUACCACUCAGCCAGUUUUGGCUCGAGGUUGAGAAGCAGUACCCGUUGAUUGGGCAGAAAGCUGUGGGAAUUCUGCUGCCCUUUGCCACAUCAUAUCUCUGUGAAAUUGGGUUUUCAGCAGUUGCUGCCUUAAAAACAAAGUAUAGGUCCCAACUCAACAUUGAGCCAGAUUUGAGAGUGGCUGUAUCAAGCAUUCAUCCCCGGUUUGAUGAAAUGUGUGGUAUGAAACAGGCUCAUUGCAGCCACUGAUCCCUGCCAUUGUUUUUGUUAGUCUGCCAUUAUUUUAUUGUUUUGUUCUAAACAAGUCAUUCUUA